AUGUUGAUCGAUUCUGGAUCAACUAAGUUCCCAGGAAUCAUAGGAAUCCAUGGUACGAUAACGUUGAAGAAUUUAGAAAAUAACCUAGGGUUGAUACCCAUGAAAUUAGGGACCGCCAAAAUUACAAAAAAUUGUCACUCAAUACUGUAUUUUUACGACGUCAAUUUAAUAAUCACUGAAGUUAAUGACCUUAAGAAAAAAACUGAAAAUGUUGCGACAUUAUCCAGGAAAUAUAUUGAGCACUAUAAACACUCAGCAAAUUACCUCAAUGUUUUGUAUUUCUUAGAAAGAAAAGUAGACGGAAAGCUAAAUGACAUUUUUCCCUCUACUUACGAAACUGUUCCAUCAUUUUCUGUUAGAAUAAAAAGGGGAUUAAUAAACGGCUUAGGUUCAAUUUUCAAAGCAAUCACAGGAAACCUGGAUGCUUCAGAUGGUGAAAAAUUCGAUUCUCUAAUAAGCGAUUUGCAGAAUGAUCAAAACAAGUUAUCAGAAGCUAUCAAUAGUCAGAAUACCUUAUCUGUCGAACUUAUCGAUAAUUUCAAUAAAACUGUAAGUCAGAUUACUCAUAACCAAAAGCUAUUGGAAGCUAAAAUAAAUCAGCUUUCAACAGCUAUGAUUAACACACAAGCCUACAUAGAAAAUGGCAUUUUCUUGAGAGAUACAAUCUCAGAGAUCAUGAAUAUCUAUCAUAUCAUAAUUUCAGUGCUCCAGGAUAUAGAAAACUCACUUACUUUUGCAAAAUUGGGAAUUAUGCACCCCAGUGUAAUCAAACCAAAACAUUUACUUCAAGCACUAAAUUCAGUGGCAUUAAAACUAUCCACAAAGCAACUCCCUUUAGAAGUUACUUUGGAUAAUAUCCCGAUUUUUGAAAAGCUCAUUAAAAUCAGCUGUUAUACAGUUGAUAGAAAAAUAACAUACAUUCUUCAAAUUCCAAUUGUUCAUACAUUCCAAUUUGAUUAUUAUCACUUAUAUUCAAUUCCAACCUUUCAUAAGGGUCUGUUCAAAGUAGUCAUCCCUUCUGGAAAAUAUCUUGUAAAGAAUGAGUUGUACGUUUGCAAAGAACUAGAUUUAAGAAGAAUCAAAGAAUCCAAUCCCUGUGAAGUUCAACUCCUGGUACAAAAAACUCCCACUACCUGCCAAGAAGUAGAAGCCGUAAUCACAGAACCAGACAAUAUGGUUCGACCUUCUUCAGAUAUUUGGCAAUUAUUUGAUAUUGAAAAAAAAGAUAAAAAAUCCAAGGCUGUGUGUAAGUUUUGCUGUUUUAAAUAGGCCUUUCCAAAAGCAACUCGCAUGACGAAUCAUAUAUUAAACCAAUGUUCAAAAUGUCCUUUGGAAAUUAAACAAAAAUAUGGCAAUGAAAUACAAUCGAGUUCGAAGUCUUCGACGUCAGAAGAAAAAGAAAGUAACAAAGAUAUCCUGCUAGAAGCAUUAGAAGAUACCAAUCUCCCUUCAACUAGCAAAAAUGACACGUCAUCAAUGUCACCAUCUUCCGAAUCUCCACCAUCAGUAAAACGCAAGAAAGCUAGCUGCCAACAAACAUUGAGCGGGUUUUUCGAUAAGAUAGCUGUUUCAGAGUCUUCUAAAAUUAAUGAGGCUCUUUAUGCGUCUAGUGCUGGCUUUUUCUC